CUAACAUAAUUUAAAUUCUUGAAGAGAGAGAAAGUUAGUCUGAUAUUGAAUGCUUUACCAAACUUCACGAGUCACCACCCAUUUUUCCUUCUCUUUGCAACCCUUUCUUCCUCCACUAUACAAAUAUUAUUCUCUCUCCUCUCAACUAUUAUCCUUCCUUUUUUUCUUUCUUGUUUUAAUUGUAUGAAAUGGAGUGCAUGGUUUUGGAGGAUUUUUGCAGUGAUUUUACAACUACUUUUUCUUCUGGGGAUGAUUUCUUCGUCGACCAACUCUUAAACUUCAACAACAAUGAAGAAGAAGAUUAUGAACAACAACAUCAACAACAUCAACAACAUCAACCCAAAAUUGAACAACAACAACAACAACAAUUUGAACAAAAAUUAUCUCCCACUUCCAAAAAAAUCCCCCAUUUUCUCUCUCCUCCUUUGGACUCUGUUCUCUCUGUCCCGGCAGAAGAAGCAGACCUUGAAUGGCUGUCUCAUUUCGUUGAAGAAUCUUUCUCCCAAUUUUCAACUCCAUACCCAACCGGGCUCGAGCAGCCCAAUCCCAAGCCCAAGCCCAAGCCCAGACCCAGGCCCAGUAACGAGCUCGACGCUUGCUUCGCUCCGUCGAACCUUAGCAAGGCACGGAGAAGCAAACGGGCCAGAACGGGAGGUCGGGUUUGGACCGCAGCACUCUCUUUCAGCCCGGAGUUUGGCCCGCACAAGAAGCAGAAGAAAAGAGAGUUUUCUGGGCCGGGCCUCAUUAAUGGUAGUGGCGGGCCCGUGAGGAGGUGUAGUCACUGUGGGGUCCAGAAGACGCCACAGUGGCGGGCCGGGCCCAUGGGGGCGAAGUCGCUAUGCAAUGCAUGUGGAGUGAGGUACAAGUCGGGCCGGCUGUUACCCGAAUACCGGCCCGCUUGUAGCCCGACUUUCUCGAGUGAGCUUCAUUCUAAUAGUCACAGGAAAGUGUUGGAGAUGAGGAAGAAGAAAGAGACUUCGACGGGUCAACCCGAAUCCGGAAGUUUCUCACACCCGGUUUCAAGUUUUGGGUAGUAUGCUUUUAACCUUUUUACAUAAUCAUGGUUUAUGUUAAUUAUUAGUACUAAGUAAUUAGUGUUUUGUUGGUUUUAGGUUUAGGUAGGAUUAGGGAAAAAAAAGGAGUUUUUAGAGCUCGGUUUUAACUGUAGAACCAGGUUAAUUAGUUAGAGGUAUAGGAAGUUAGACUAGUAUUAGUAAUUAGUAUUUAGUAGUAUAAUUAGUGUUGUUAAGGAGUGUAAAUUUGGUAGCAAUUUCAAUAUUUAAUGGUUAGGAAAUUCAGGUUUAGUGACAAAGUGUAGUGGACUAGAAACAAUUUAAUGCUACCAUAAGUUUAUGAAGAUUUUGUUUCCCACGUUCCAUCAUAGUACUUGUUCUAUAUUUUUGAUAAAUUACAACAUUUUGACUUUUGCAUUAUAUAUAUACUUCUUUCCUUGUUUUAGAGUAAUUGUACUAUGAACGGAUAAUAUAUAAAGAACGUAAAAAAGAAAAAUGUUAAAGAGUUUUACUUUAUAUGUUAGUAAAGAGUAUGAAAAUUUAAAAUUUGAAAGUAUAUACGAAUAUGGAUAUCCCAUGUUUUUUUUUUAAUCACAAAGAUAGUCAAAGGAGAUUAUAUGAUAAUGGUAAAUGUUCAAAUAAUGCAACUUCAAAAUAACAAAAAAUGUAUGUCGCAUAGGAUCCUCAUCUAGAGACCCUAUUACAAGCUACAUAGCAAAUGUUUGUGGUAGGAAUUGAACCUUAGAAUUUGCUAGGAAAGAUGGACACUUGAGCCAAUUUCAAUUCAUGUGUAAGAUGUGGUAGUUUUAGUGUGAAUGAUUCAAUGUAUAAUGUACAUGAGUAAAAUUCAAAUAAUCAAAUUUUCAUAAUGUAAGUAAAUAGAUAAUUACAUAAAUCAAUGGUAGAUUACAUAUCUAGCAAUAACAUGAACAUCAAAUUGUUACAUUUAUGUAAAUGAGAUUGAAUUUGAUAAUGUUAGCUCAGUCAUUGCUCAUAAUUUUGAUGAUAAUUAUUGCAUAAUUGGAAUCUACAAUGGGCCUCUUCUUUGCUUAUUGAGUAGUGAGUUCAAGUAAAGCUAAAGAUGACAAAUUUAUCAUUGGACCUGUACACACAAGUUCACAUCGGAGGAGAGAGUGAUUACACACAAACCCUGAUGAGGUUUUAUCCUAAAACCAAUUAAUAACAGAGGAAUAUUAAGUUUAUAUGUUAGUCAUUUUUUUUUUCUUUCUUCAAUGUGAGAUACGCACACAUAUGGGUUAACACCUUAACAGAAAAAGAAGGUGAAUUGAAAGUGAGAAGAAUAUCCGGAUAAAUUUACUAGAAUGUGGUCCAUUUGAUUUGGGUAGAGUGGUAAGGUUGGGCUUUGUUAGUAACGGUUGAAACUUUAAAAUAUAUUUUAGAACUUUUUUGGAGGCCUUGUCAAAUGUGAAUAAAAUUAGUUGUCAUGGUCAUGCACGGUUUGUCUAUAGUGUAAGUAGUGGUGGUUAAAAAGCAAAAA